UAAAUGAAAAUUAAUAACAAUAAUAACAAUGAUACGUAAAAUUCUUAGGCAUAAAAGAAUUUUAAUCAAUUAAUCAAGCUUGAGGCAGAUGAUUUCAAAAGACAGUUCAAAUUUAUAGAUAAAGAGAAACUAUUUAUGGAACUUCAAAAUUACAAAAUUGAGAAUAACAAUCUAAAAGAAGAGAACACAAAGUUGCGAACACGCAUCUAAUAGACAGAGGUAAGCCAAACACAUAUGCUCAGAAAGAGCUCCUCAAUUAUGAGAGACUUUGUGAAAACAUGACCGAGUAGACACCCAAUAAGAAGAAGGCCAAUGAGUUGCUACUAAUACAACUCAAAAAAUAGAACAAAGACCUCCAAUUGUAACUCAAAGAACGUACAGUCUAAGUUGAGCACCUUAAAAAAAAUACCAAGGUCACCAAAUUUCAAGAACUUGAGUGUGAUCGAAAGGCCUAUUUUGAUGAAACCGUGCGUAUGCGUAAACUCAUAGAAGAGAGCUAAUCAUAAUACUAAUCUAUGUUAAAGUACAUAAUCUUUAUUUCUAAUUAAUAGUAAAUAUAAUUAGAGUCUUUAACUUGAAAGUGAAGUUUAGAAGCUACUUAAAACAAAUGAAAAUCUGAUUGCUGAAAAUAAAGCUCUUAAUUAAAAGAGUCAAUAAUCAGAUGAAAUGAUGCGUUAGUUAUAAGUAUUAUGUCGAUACAUUUAUUUAGCAAUUGUACAAAGUUAAUUAAUAGAAACAGUAAACUUUAGACAAACAUAUCUAAGAUCUAAAAAAUUAAAUUAAGAAAUUAUAGACAGAUAAAAUAAAUUUAAAAUAGACAAUAAAGUAGAUGUAGGAAGCAUAAUACUAGCAUAUUUAAUAAGUGAAACCAAAAAAAGAACCAACUCCUAGACAAGGAUAAUUACCAAAUUAAAUUUUGGAGGAAUUAAGAUUCAAAUUGAUAUACCGUGGUAUAACAGUUGAAUAAUUUGCUGAAAUGUUGGAAGGUCUGAAAUAGUAAGCAAGAGAAUAAAACGUGACAGUAAAAGUGGAUGAUUUAAGACAUAUAUUUGCUUCGUAAAUAAAUUUAGAUUAAUUAUAAAUAGAGAGCCAUUUUCAUAUACAGAUGGAAACAAAGUUCAAUUGAUAUUAAACUCAUUAACUGGUCAUGGUAAUCAAUUAGUGGAGAAUUUAAAAUCAUUGAUCGGAAAUUAUAAGACAUUUUUGAAUUUUCCAACAUUUGAUUUUGAGUAGGCAUAGGUAAAGAUGAAAAGUCAACUGAAACAAAAUGAAAAAAAAAUCUAAGAAUUUUGGAGUAAAUAAAAAGUAAAAGGAGAUGUAGUAUCAAAAUCAGAUGUUCGUAAGAUGUUAAAUUCUUUAUCAUUAAAUUGGUAAGAACCUGAGAAUUUAUUCUAUUUUUUAUAAUUAUUUGAGAAAUCAGGUGAAGAUCUAUAACAUAUUCCAUUAUUAGAUACUUAUGAUCCAUUUACUUUGGAUGAUCCAUCGUAAUAAUAAUAAGUUACAGGACAUUAGAAUAUGAGAAUAUCAGAAGAAUCAGAUGAAGAAUUAUUUGAUAAAUAGAGUUAAGAUUAUUCACUUGAUGAAAAUGCAGCAAAGAAAAAGAAAGAUUAAGAUUAAGGAAUAGUAUUUCGUGAUGAAGGUUAAAUAGUUUAAAAAUAAGGAAAAUAAUAAUAAGAGUUAGAAUAAUAAUCAGGAUUUUAGUAAGAAGAAGAAGAAGAAGAAGAUAAUUAUAAUGAAAAUUAUGAUGAAAAUGAAAAAUAAAAUGAAAAUUAUAAUGAAAAUGAGGAGGAAAAUUAUUAAGAAGAAGAGAAUAAUAAUUAAUAAAAAGGUUCAGAAUAAGAAAAUGAACAAAUGCAUGAUCAAUAUGAAUAAGAGGAAUAUGAAUAAGAUCAUUAAGAAGAAUAGUAAGAAGGACAUUAAGAAGAUGAAUACGAAAAUUAAAAUUAAGAAGAUGAAAAUUAAAAUUAAGAAAAUGAAAAUAAUAAUCAAGAAGAAUAAUAAAAUGAAUAUGAAAAUGAAGAAUUUGAUUGAUUUAUUUAAAUAAGAAUAAGAGUAC